AUGGCUGGUGCGGAACAACGACAAUUUCACAGCGUAGAGGAAGUUAGCGUAGAGUUAGGUCGCGCAUCACUGCAUGCUUCUUGGGGUUUCAAGACAUAUGACGGUGUCUGCCCCCUUCGUGUACGUGAUGUAGCAGCGGAGAUUCCUGAAGGUGUAAGGCGCGGUGAUGAAAUAAUUGUAAUUAACGGAAUCCGACCAGGGAGCUAUGAUGAGGGAAUGUCAUUGCUGCAUCAGGCGCAGUCAACCGUUCAGCUAUGCGUUCGUCGUAAAGUCAGUGGAAGUAAGUGUGCGACAACAGUUGAUGAAGGUGCAGAACCGCGGGAGUGUGAGUAUAUUGGUAUCGAGCGAAACAGCUGGCGCAAUCGAGCCUCACUCCAUUCGCUUUCCCCUAGCGCGGAAUGGGAGGGCACUAUAUCCCCACAGCAACAACAACGGAAACCUGCGGACCAAACUACUGCAACAUCAUGUCACCACUCAGAGUCGGGUGUGAGGACGUCUGCACAGCUUGCACUUGACAAGGUGCUUUUGGCUGCGUGUGGAAAAGACGCACAUUGUGAGGACACAAUCACUGAAGGUACUACCGACACGGAGGGGCCACCAAGUGGGCCGAGCAGGGCCCCACUUUCCAUUAACAGUCAAGUUGCUGGUAUAUGGCGAGGCAUUUUAACUAGGAAACGGAAGCGUCUUGAUGACGCCUCAAGGGAUAGCAAAAACUACAUGGACGUUUGUAGUGUGCUUCCCAAACUUACCCACCAGGUCAUUUACGACUGCCAAAACUGCCCCUUUUCAAUUGAGGAGGGUUUCGUACCGGAGUUUCACAAAUCUGUCCAGUACAUUAUGACUGAAAGGGCGCUGUCCCAAAAGCACGCCGCCGGUGACGAGGACGGAGACGGGGACGCGAAAGUGAUGCUGGCGCCGGUGAAGGAUCGCUCCGACGAAGAUUUGUCAGCGGUGAUGGCACAGGUAGAGGCUAAGAAGGCUCAGUGCGAAAAGGAAGUGAGCCAACGCGACACUGUUGCUGAUGUACACCGAAUGAAAAAGAUGUUGAGCUCGCAGCAAAGUGGCAUGCUGAAGGUGGUGGAAAGCCACCGUGAGAGCCUUCUGCAGAAACUGAGGGAAGAUGUGGGUUGGUAUCGAGAGACGGAGUGCAGCGCCCAGGACUUCUUUGCUUUGCACUCAAAGGCCAUCUCAUGGUGUAGGAAAGCGUCGAUAAAGCAAUCUCCCGUUGAUUCUAAGGUGAAGUACCCCGCAUUUCACCAUGGAAACCGCGAGGGCCAUAAGCGGCACGAGCACCCUCAACUGCUCCCACCACCGCCACCGCCACCGCCACCACCGCUGUCACAGCCGCAUUUUCCACCCCCACCGUUUGCAGCGGCCCCUUCUAGCGCUGCUGUUGUCCCUGUGAGUACGGUUUCACCCCGUGGUAGGGUUGGAUACGUUGCUCCCCCAGGGUAUGCCAGGCGGCUUCCUCAGCACCCUCCUCUUUUUGAUGUACGAACGCUGAAUGCGACGUUGUAUCACCGGUAG